CAAAAUUCUAAUCGGCCUUCUCUUUCAGGUUACUCCACUGUCUCUCAAACCAAAAUCCCAAAUUGAAAGAGAUAACAAAAGCCCUCUCUUCCUCCACAUUCCGCCGCUCUUCGUCGCCUUUCAGCUGCGUUACUGGCUGAUAAAUGGCGGAUGAACCUCAAGUUAUGGACAAAUCAUCUGAGGAGAUCUCAGAAACCGUAUCUCAGAAGAAGCAAGAAACACUUGAAGAGGUGCUUUCGAGACACAGGAAAGAGACUACUGAUCUGCAGAACAAGGAAGUUGCAAUGAAAAAGGCGGCUGCUAAAGGUAGCAAGGCUGAGCAAAAAACUAAGAAGAAACAAGUUGAUGAAGAGAUAGCUAGACUCUCAACAAAGCUUAAAGAAAGACAAGCCGAUGAACUGGCUUCAUUAGGCUUUAAUAGCAGUAGCAGCAGUCAAAAAGGAAAGCUUGAUGACUUGGUGGUGAAGGCUAUUGCUGGGGUUUCAAUCACAAAUAAAGCUGAGCAGCCAAAACUCAGUAAGAGUGCCAAAAAGCAUAAGAAAAGAGCCGAACAGGAUGCAGCCAGGGAGCAAAGAAUACAAGAGGAGCAGAGCCAAAUUGUGAGUGAUCGAAUGAUUGAAGAUGAGAAGUUAGAGAAAAAGCUCGAGCCUCUUGGAUUCACCAUCAAUGAAAUAAAGCCGGAUGGGCAUUGUCUGUACCGAGCUGUUGAGAAUCAGUUGGCCCUUCAAUCUGGAGGCUCUUCUCCAUAUAACUACCAAGAGCUUCGGAAAAUGGUAGCUACUUAUAUGCGGGAACAUGCAACAGAUUUUCUGCCAUUUUUUCUGUCUGAGAAUAUGGCAGAUGGAGAAUCCGAAGAGUCCCUUACAGAAAGAUUUGAGGACUACUGUAACGAAAUAGAAUCCACAGCGGCCUGGGGAGGACAACUGGAACUUGGUGCUCUGACCCACUGUCUGAAGAAACAUAUCAUGAUAUUUUCCGGAUCCUUUCCUGAUGUAGAGAUGGGAAAGGAAUACAAAUCGGGCAACGCCACUGGCUCAGCUGGCUCAAGCGUUAUGCUAUCCUAUCACAGGCAUGCCUUUGGGCUCGGUGAGCAUUACAAUUCUGUCGUUUCCAUUUCAGGCCAAUAGUUAUUUUGUAUUCAAGAGGUCACGUUUGAUGAUUUGAUCACGACACGAUGCCUGUCCUGUGCAAUAUAUUUUUUCAAGACUGGAGUUUAAACUACAUCUGAGUUUUGUUACACAUUUUGAAAAAAAGAGAUGCUUUUGUGGUUUUUCUA